AUCAGAGAAAAUAAAGACUUUCUUACAAAAGAUGUAAAAAAGAAGAGGUUAUCGAAACCAAAAUCUCUAUUUCCGUUGUGUGGUCGUCACGAGAACCGUGGGAAGGAGUUGGUAUUACAGGACAUUAUUGUACUGACACAAAGUAUUUAUGAGAAGUCGAAGGUUGAGAAAUCAGCGGAUGAUUCGGAUAAUUCGGAGGAAUUUGAUGCAGAGGAACAUAUUAGCCUCGGAUUUUACUUGCCUGAUAGAAGAGCUAUUCUACAAUGCCUCAGAUUAGAAGGUCAGUACCACAAAGACCAUGAAAACAUGGAUUACUAUUACCAGCUGGAGAUUUGGAAAGGAAAUAUAAAUGGCGUCCUCCGACAGGCUCGUGAGAGGGAGGAACUCUCUGAUUGGUUGGUUGCCAUGGCACCCAUGGCUGCCUUUGAUACCUGGAUGACAGUUUGCGAGGAUUACGCCACCCAGCUAGAACAGGAGGGACAGUACCACAAAGCCGCCACCUACCUCCUGGCAUGCCACAAGGUCUACAGUGCCAUCGACUUGUUCAAAAGACACCGCCUAUUUAAAGAAGCCAUUGCUCUGGCCAAGGUCCGACUGUCACCUAUCGACCCAGUUUUGGAAGAUCUAUACACGCUGUGGGCGCACCAACUUACAAAAGACGGAAAUUUCGAGCAAGCUGCUAAAUGCCACCUUGCCAUGCAGCAGGUUCAGAAUGCGGCAGUUUUGUUGGCCAGAAGAUACAACUGCACCGCGAGCCUCCACACUGCUGCCCGAAUUUCUAUGAUUGCCAAUGAAAAGCAGUCAGGAAUGGCCUAUGCCCACAAACUGCUACAACAGUUCUUGUUAAAAUGGGAAUGGAGUCAAGCCUACACAUAUCUUAAAGAGCAAAAAGCAUUUCAGGCAUUAAUUGCGGUCAGUGGUAUGCAUGAACUGGUUGCCAAGGCAAUCCAAAACCACCACCCAGAAAUACUGAAUAUAGAGAAUGAUAAAUUCUCAAACUGGCAGACUGACUCGAAACUCUUCUUACCAGAUUUUAUCCUUGACAAUAAAGAUAGGGACACUCUGUCACCAUGGAAACCCUGGUUAACUGAUGGUUUGACUUUUCCACAUCAUACCUUAAGGAUAUUUUAUAGCAAUCUAGGAAUUAUCAUGGAUACAGAAAGCUUGGAGGAAAUGUACAAAUCACUGAGUAUCCUACAGGCUGGCAAACAGAGCCAGGAGGACAUCUUACAGUUGUUGAUCCAGAUAAGCGUGGACUUGGUCCUGUGUAUGCUGUCUUUCCUGAUGUCGGAGACACCCACCGCCAUCUCCCAUCUUAUCCAUGCCAUCAGCAGUCUACAGGAAGCCGGACAUUAUGUUGUCAUGGAGACAGUCAUCAGAUUGUUUCUUCCUCUUGGACCAAAAUACAUGUUGAAGCUACAACAAGAAAUCACUGCUAUGAGAGUGGUCAUCAGCAUGGAGAACAAAAGUAAUUAUGACGGUGCUGCAAAAGUGCAUACCAUCAAACGCUACUUAACAGAGAUUAAAGAUGAAGAUUCUGUGUCAUGUGGAGGCUUGAGAUGUAGGGAGUUGGAUUGCCUUAGGGCUUAUUAUUAUUUGGCAAUUCUAAACUCUAUUAACCAGCAGCAGACUGCAGUUGUACAAAAAGAAGAGGAAAAUGGUCAACAAAUGACGAGAGGGAACGUAAAUUCUACUAAGUCAGAGAUGCCACCAGUAGAUUCCAGUCAAACUGUGAAACAGGAGGACAGAGUGAAAAAAGCUGAGAAUGACAGUUCUGAAGGAGUAGAAAAUAAUCAAGAGACGACUGUGAGUGAAACUAAUAAGGAAGAAUCCAAAGCUACUAAAUCAUCAGACAAAGACAAUACCUCAAGUGAUAUAAGAGAACCUUCUUCCACAGGUUCACAGAGUGAUACUGUUACAGAGGGUAAGAAUGAGUCCAAAGGCACAAAGUCAGCAGCUACUAAUGACCAAAGUAGCAGUGAAACAAAAGAAUCAUCUACAAAUGAUAGCAUUGUUGAUGUUAAGGUUGAAAAGACUGAUCCACAAAGUGGAGAAUUCGUGGAGUUACCAAAAGGAGCCACAGCAAGUGAUUUCCAGAGACAGUGCAGUGAUAGUGAGAGGACUGAUUUAUCACAAUUGAAACUGCCCCAACUCUGUCACUUAUCACGGGGUCUCCUAUGGGAUAUACAGGGGAAGAGAUAUGCUCUGAUGGAAACUCUGGGCUAUAUUCACAAGGCCAUAUCUCAACUCCUUUUGGCUCAGAAGCCAAAUUCUCUCUCAUCCAGCCAAACAGACAUUCACAGUGAAACAAAGGCUGGAGGAGACUUUGCACAUGGACAUGUUUCAUUGUUGGAGGAGGAGAGAGAUAUUUUACCUGGGGGGUUUUCAAGACAGUCUCAUUGUCACAGUGCUGUUAUGAAAAAGAGGCAUCAUAGUGAACCUCUUCAUCUACUCCCUGGGGUCUCGGAGGAUAUUCUAUCUCAUUUUCAUCACCACAAUCAUGACCAGCCUCAUUUCUCUAGAUCUUUUUCAUCCGAUUCUCAAUCUCUGAAUUCUAGUACAAGAGAGCACCUGUGCCCUGCUCAUAGUGCACAUGACUCAAACCCUGAAAACUCAUUUGACAUCUGUGUAUCAUGUGAGGUGCUGAACAAAUCUCGCAAGGUAUUGUGGGAAGACGAGCCCCAUCUUGGAGCAGAGCAUUCUGGGAAAGCUAACCUAACUAACCUCAUUAAUCCUGCAAAAUACAUCAAUGUGCCUGAUGAAUGGUACAACAUGUCUGCUGAUCAAAAAUACUCAAUGCCUUAUGUAACAAUGGCUAUUCUGAAGGAUGAACAGGAGUAUAUGAUGCAUGAACUUAAAAGGGGACCAGACAAUCUACAGGUCCCAUUUCCCAAUCCUUUAGACUCGGUGAAGCUUCUACUGAAUGUCUGUCAGACACAGCUUAAACAAGAGGAGGUGAACUGGUUUGCUGAGAGAGUGGUGGCCUGGGCAUUAAAAUUUUCUGUAUCUGCUCAACAGAAGGAGAAUCUCAUGGAUCUUCUACACAGAACACUGACACACUAACUGUUAAAGUCUUGUUAUUAUUGAUGUAAGGGUUAAUGUGUCUCAUGUCUCAGUAUUUGUUCAGUGAAAGAAUAUUAAAUUCUUUUGUCUAACUAUGUCACUAUAAGUACAUCCUAAUGUCUGGUGUAUUCUGUACAAAACCUGGAUUUUUCUUUCCUGGAUUUUUUGAUAGUCAAGAAAUAGUCCUAUUGAUUCAACAUUUGAGUAUUUAUUUAUGUCUUAACUGUUUGUCAUUGUUCAUGAAAGCUUAAAACUUCUGUCAACAAAAUUUAGAUAUUGGGGGAAGUUUACUCUUGUUGCUGAAAUUGUUAAAUUCUACCUAUAUAUGGAAUUUUUACCAUUUGUCAAAUUUCUCACAAGUGCUAUUUAGAAUUCUGUCAGUAUGCUUUUCUGCUCAAGACAGUAGUUCAUCUGCCUUUACAUGCAUGUUGCUAUGUUUAAUAUAGGUUCCACAACUUGUGUGAAUUAGAUACCAGUUUUUCUCCAACUUAAGUUCCUUAAUCAUUGUAAUUGUCAGUUUUAAUUAUAAAACUAUUGACAAAGAGUUGAGGAAAGAGAGCUAGAAAAAAAAAAACAGUAACUAAGUCACACACUUCAUGUAAUCUAUUUAAUUACGCGAGUCUGUCUGCUCGUGAAAAUUUUAUUCUCGCGUAUAUUUGUAUUGUUAAAGAUUAUAUACAACAAAGAGGGUAGCUCGCGAAAAUUUUGUCUCGCUUAUAAAUACCAAAUAGCUAUAUCGCGAAAGUAAGGUGUCGCGAAAAUAAAGUGAUCUACAGUAUACGGAGUCCAGUACAUGUAUUACAUAGCACAACGUGAUGUCACAAUAGGUGUUUACUAAAAUGUUAGAGAACCAAGUAAAGAAUCCCUAUGGAAGUGAUGAAACAUUUGGUGGGAAUUGGAGAAGUAAGAAAAUUCCAAAAAACUAUAAAUGAUUUUUGGUGUAGAUUCAAGUAAAAACAAUUGAUGGUUAUUAAGUUAUACAUUGAAAUAUUUAGAAACUCAUUAAAAAUUUCUUUUCCUAAAAAACAUUAGAAAAGAUAACUAUGCCUAGUCCUGCGUAUGAUGUAGAAUUCAGUACCCCCCAGCAAUCCAUGUGUUACAUCAUUAUGACCAAAGUUUCGCCGACAAAUAAAUGUGCAAUCAAGUUUGAAAAUGUAAGUAAAUUUGCAACUUAAUCUGAAGAUGUUUUUUUUUUUUUUUUCAGGUUGAUACUGAUACAAGCUCUGUUAUAUUUAGCUUGACAUCUAGUGUAUUUACAUAUACAAUGUUUUGUGGAUUUUUAUUGUAAAAUUUUGUGCCAUGUACACAUGGGUUGCCAAAUGUUGGUGUCUUAUUCAAUGGUAGUGGCCAUAGAUAAGAUGCAAAGUAUUUACAAAAUGUUGUUAGUGCCAGAACCAUUCAUAAACCUCUUUCAUUUCAAUGUUUCAUGCAAAGCAAAAAGAAAUCAAAAAAAUUCAGACAAAUUCAGUUUCAUUCUCAUUCUGUUCUUUCAUGGACACAUUCUGACAUCUAUGUUUCUGAGGUGAAUUUAUCUUUACUAUGUAUAUGUUGCUAUAAAUGUGCUACAAAACUAGUGCUAUAACAGAGGACACUGUGUAUUAAACUAUUUCUGUUGCUCAACUGUUGAUAGUAUAUUGGUGGUUUCAUCUUAAAUAAAUGGAUUAAGAAAUU